AUGUCCCAGACCAAGAUGAGCAACAUGGAGAUGGAGAUUGGUCUUGAACUGCAGCACGGCGACCCUUCCAGCCAAACAGAGAAGAAGAAGCACUCUGCUGCCUCUGCCACAGCUACCAAUGCUCUGUCCAUUAUCAGGCCUGUCAAAGGUUUGCUUUCGGGGAAGGUGAAUCUUCCCUGCUUCUUUUCAACAAUCCCGACCUCAGCCCCAAUCAUCAGUCCAAAUGAAACCAUAAUUUAUAUGAGAGAUUAUCUGCGUAUCAAAUGGACCAGAAUAGAUGCAAAUUCUGAAUCCACUGUACUGGUGGCACAAAAUGGGGUUAUCAAGAUUGCCUCCAGUUAUCGCAACCGGGUGUCAGUGCCCAGUCACCCUGAGGACGUGGGUGAUGCCUCUUUGACAAUGGUGAAGCUGCGGGCCAGUGAUGCCGGGACAUAUCGCUGUGAGGUCAUGUACGGCAUCGAGGACACACAUGACACAGUGAACCUGGAUGUCAGCGGCGUUGUCUUUCACUAUCGCGCAAGCACAAGCAGGUACACUCUAGACUACCAGAAAGCCAUUGAAACCUGUCAGAACAUCGGGGCGACCAUCGCCACAUAUGAUCAGCUAAAAGCGGCCUAUGAAGACGGCUUUGAUCAGUGUGACGCUGGGUGGAUUGCUGACCAGACAGUAAGAUAUCCAAUUACACGGCCAAGAAAGGGCUGCUAUGGAAACCUCAAAACUAAACCUGGCGUAAGGAGCUAUGGGAUACGUAAGCCAUCUGACACGUACGAUGUCUACUGUUAUGUCGACAAACUUGAUGGUGAAGUCUUCUACGCUCCUGUGGCACAGAAGAUGACUUUAGAGGAAGCUAGAGAAGAGUGUAUUAAGAGGAAUGCUGUACUGGCAAGUCCUGGGCAGCUCCAUGCUGCGUGGCGUCUAGGCCUUGACCAGUGUGACUACGGCUGGCUAUCUGACGGCAGUGCACGACACCCUGUUUCUGUACCCAGAAUCCAAUGCGGUGGAGGCCUACUUGGUGUUAGGACUAUGUAUCGCCAUAGAAACCAAACAGGCUUCCCACAUGCAAAUAAAAAGCUUGGAGCAUACUGUUUUAAAGGGAUUUACUCAUGCACAGAAAAUGUCUGUCUCAAUGGUGGAACUUGCCACAAGACCGGCAGCAUCUUUGUAUGUAGCUGUGCCCCUGGUUACAAUGGUGUUAACUGUGAAACAGAACUUGAUGAGUGCCAUUCCAACCCUUGUCGCAAUGGAGGGACAUGUAUUGAUGGUCUGGCUAGCUUCACAUGUGUGUGUCUCCCAAGCUACUCUGGGCUGUACUGUGAGGAAGAUACAGAAACAUGUGACUACGGCUGGCACAAGUUCCAGGGACACUGUUAUAAAUACUUCCCUCAGAGAAGAAACUGGGAUACAGCAGAGAGAGAGUGCCGUAUGCUUGGGGCUCACCUCACUAGCAUCCUGUCUCAUGAGGAACAACAGUUUGUGAAUCGUCUUGGACAAGACUACCAGUGGAUUGGUCUGAAUGACAAAAUGUUUGACAGUGAUUUCCGAUGGACUGAUGGCAGACCUGUGCAAUAUGAAAACUGGAGGCCCAGCCAGCCUGAUAGUUUCUUCUCCUCGGGUGAGGACUGUGUAGUGAUGAUUUGGCAUGAGGAUGGCCAGUGGAAUGAUGUUCCUUGCAACUACCACCUUACAUACACAUGCAAGAAAGGCACAGUGGCAUGUAGCCAACCCCCCCUUGUAGAAAAUGCAAGGACCUUUGGCAAGAAGCUGGAGAGAUAUGAGAUCAACUCUUUAGUGAGAUACCAGUGCAGAACCGGGUUCAUCCAGCGGCAUGUGCCCACUAUUCGGUGCCGCGGAGAUGGCCGAUGGGAUAUUCCUAAAAUAGCCUGUAUAAAUCCUUCAGUCUAUCAGAAGGCUUAUUACAGGAGACAUCAACAUAAAAGUCUUUACAGCAUCAACAAUUUUAGGCGUCGACCAGAAGAACUUACACAGUUCCAACAGUUCCAGUAUCCACUCUACCGCACAAGAAGGGAUCGGAAUGAACAGCGGAAAAAAAGGAGAUAAAAGCAUCUGAUUAAACUAAUGGAAUAGCACAAACAUAUUAGGAAAUGUAUUACACAGACUUUUUCCUUUUGAAUGAAAAUGAAACCAUUUGAAGUCACUUUUUAUCAAGCAGCACUGUUGUUCAUCCUAGCAAAUUUAGUUUGGAACAUUUAUAUUGCUUUUUUGAAGCAUUUGGCCUUUUUUGCCACAGGGUUAUCAAAUCGCAUGAUUUCAUACUCAUUUAGUAUUAUAGCGCUUAUUGUGACCUAUUUUUAUAACAAGUCUUGAGGAACCUGUUGGGACAAACGUAAUGCAACACUGAAUGACCACAAUUUCCAACAGAAGUAUUACUUCUAUCAUCUGGUGAGAAAUGAACAUGGUAAAUUAUAGGAGAGCUUUAAAAGUUUCCUUAUUAGGUAAACCAGCAGGUAUAUAAUGUCUGUUAUCCACACACAACAAAACUUGUGUUUACUUACAGUUGUUGUGCUAUGUCUAAGAAAACACUGUAUUAGUUAAAUUUUCUCCCUGCUACAUUGUGAGAAUGUAUUGUGUUAAAUACUCACAGAGACUUGAAUGAAACGGCUGAGAAGCAUCUAACUUAUUUUCAAGCUGCUUUAUAACUCUUCGUGUGAUCCUCUCAGCAGUGACCCUGAAGUGCUCAUCAUGUGUUUUUGUGUAUUAGUCCAGAGACCAGCAGCAAUCAUGAACUGUUAAACUGGACACUGAAGACAAAACAAUGACUUUGUAUUUUUUUUUAUACUGGCUGUGGACCAAAGAACUGGGAGGGCUCUGUCGACUGCAGUAAGCGGAUGCUCACUGGAGUCCCCAUGUUUGAUACGUCUGCCUGUGAAUGUGUGUUUGAUCUAAUGUGCACAUAAUAUCUAUAUAUUUAUAACUUUUACAAUGUGAAUGUUUGGGAUGUUUGUGAAUUAUUAUUUUUUUAAGAUAUGAUUGUUUCCUGCUUUAAAUCACAGAAAUAAAUAAAUACAUUAAUUUCUAAUUGCAA